UCUCCUUUGCCUCUCUCUACGUUUCUCUCUCUAAAGCGCAAAAACGCAAGUUUUUCAGCUGCGGGUUUUUGAUACAUUUACAACGAAUUACAUCACACUAACAGUUAGUGGGACUCAAUUACCCGCUAAUAAGUUCUCACGUUCAAAUUCUUUCCCUAUGGAUUCAACGGCUGGGAUUGAAUCUGAUCAGAAAAGGCCAGCGGACGAUCGAGGAUUCGAAAUCCCGGUUUCUAAGAAGGCGCGGCGGGGAAUGAUGAUGAUUAGGAAUGUGAAGGAAGUGGCUGAGAUGGUGCUUGUACUCUCUGCUUUAGGGAAGAUGAGGGGAAGUAGGGGUCCCACUGCUGCUGAGAAGGAGAUGGCGGCAGAGGCCAGGGACAGAUUGGCUGAGGUGUGCUUGAAAUUUGGGCCCAAGGAUGUGUUUCCGAGUGAUGCUUUUGGAGGUGUUAUUGAGGAUCUUGGGCUUAAUAAGCUGAAGGAACAGAGUUUAGGAAUUUGGCCUCCCAAAAUAUCUAUUGCUGAGAAGCUACUCCUCGCCAAAAGAAAGAUGGAAAAGACACAGGAAUUUUCUCUACCUUCUGCCAGCUAUUCAUCUCAAAGGUCUCAAACUGCAGUGGGUACAGCAGCUGAAAGCCAUAAUGCAUCACAAACUAAAAUGUUUCCUCAACCAAGUCAAACGGUAAAUUCAUCAGGAAGCUUCCAACCUGUUUCAUCUUUGGGACAUGGAACUCCUGUAAGUUCUGCAUCUUUACCCUGCCAGCUGCCUACCAGUGAGGUCAGGCCUUCAAUCUCCGAUGGAGUGGUCUCUGGUAAUCUUGCAAGGGAUUCUUCUUCACCAGCACCUCCCGGAGUUGGAAGACCACAUUUCCGAAUGGAUGGACGACCAAGUGGAUCUUCCCAUACUUUGCAAGUUCAAGCUACUGGCAAUCAUUCAACUGUCAGAACUCCAACUUGGUCGGUGCAACCUGCAUCAGUUUCUUCAGUAAAACUUGGGGCAGAUAACAAGGUGACGCCACAUGCAACUAUUAAAGUUGAGGGAGGUGCUGAGGUUAGGUCAACGAUGGUACCACAAACAAUAUCUAGGCGAUUUAUUACUCAGAGCACAACUGGAAAUGUACCAAGCGUAUACCCUCAUUUACAAGGCGCAAGCACUAUUCAGGCUCCUCCUCCGAGCAAUACUCAUUCUGAGAUUGGCAAGCUUGUUCAGAAGUUUUUACAACCCCUGCUUCCCGAGCGGCUUGCAUGGACUGCACCAUCCCGUGAUUACAUGAAUAAGACUUUGACUUGCCAAAUGUGCAGGUCAACAACAAAUGAGGUUGACAAUGUACUUGUCUGUGAUGCUUGUGAAAAAGGCUAUCACUUAAAAUGUCUUCAAACAACAAAUCAAAAAAGUAUUCCUAGAGGGGAAUGGCAUUGUGGAAAGUGCUUGGCGAUAACCAAUGGCAAGCCUCUGCCCCCUAAAUAUGGCCGUGUGAUGCGGAACAUCAACGCCUCUAAAAUGCCUACAAUUGCAGCUGGGGUUCAAUCAUCUCCAGAUAGAAAAGGCUUUGGUCCGAAAGAGAAGGUUAGUCAGUUGAACAUUAUGGGGAAUGGAAAUGUUACAUUGCAGAAUUCCACUACCAUUGGUAUAACAAAUAAUCUUAACCAUCUACCAUCUGGGCCAAAGAUGGAAAAUGACAAAAGAAUAGGGGGAGCUGAUUAUAUGUCCAUUAAAGGAAAUAUGGAGAGUAAAGUUUCUUCCGCAACCUAUUCAACUAAUUUGACUUCCGGAAACAGUUUAAAUAAUUUAUCAGUAUCUUCCAGUGAUAACUGUCUCUCUCCUCCUGCUCACCCAUUGGUUCAUAGAUCUUUGGAAGAGAAGGUGGUUGAGGUGAAAACUCUGCCUCCUGCAAAAUGCGAAACAGUUUCCAAGUCAUGUGAUCUCUCACAACCCUUCAAUCACCUACAGGCCAAUGACCAUGCACGACUAGCAAAUACUAUAGAGAUACCUUCCCAGCAGUUUCCUGGUAGUCAGUCCAUGGUUAGUGAUUCCAAGGAAUCUAGUGCUAGAGCAAGUUUAGCUAAUAGUUCAAGUGAUGAAUGUAAACGAGAAGAUCAAGGUGGUGGACGGACAAAUCCUGACGAAACUCCUAUUGCCAGUAAUGGGGAUACUGAAUGUGUUAGCUCUACAUCGGACCUCUUUCAUACCGUUGAUUGGAUUGGCAAUGUGCUUCAAGUUGCAGAUGAGAAACAUUAUUACCAAUCUUGUCGCCAUAAUGGGUUCAUAUACAAUGUUCAGGAAUAUGCUCUUAUUCGGUUUGAGGAUGAGAGAUUGAUUCCUUCAAAGCUUGUGGCUAUGUGGGAGGAUAUAAAAGCAGGAAAGAAAUGGGUUACUGUCAAUCGGUGUUACUUCCCAAGGGACUUGCCACAGGGCGUUGGCCGCCCAUGUAGCUUGGAAAGCAAUGAGGUUUAUUUGUCUAAUUGUAGUAGCACUGUGAUGGCUGGCCAGAUAGAAGGUCCGUGCGAAGUACUUCCUUCGAGCAAGUUUAAUGAAGAAAGAGAGAGGGUAUCUCGCCUAGAAACAAGGUCUAAUGGUGGAUUACGGCCUCUCUACAUAUGCAAGAGUCACUGUACGUUGUUUAGUCUAAACUCUAAAUGGAGCAUGGGCAAACUUAACUCUAAUUCAUGGUUUCACUUGGUGAUGAUUCAGUAAAAAUUCAUAUUCAAUGCUGAUUAAUGGUGAUGCAGAAGAGAUCCCCUUAAAAUGCUGGAACAUGAUUUUUUUUUUGUUGAGAUGGUAACAUAUUGAAUAUUAAUAUAAAGACUACACAAAAACUGUGGAGUCACCCUUAAUUACAUAUAGGAAGGAAAAAGACUCCUAAUCCUUGGUCUUCUCACAAGGAAUCUAAAACAUCAAAAAUAGAGACAUGUUCUUCUAAAUGCAGAGACAAAAUAGUUCAAGGAACUUACUUUUAUCCUCUUGUGACUUGUGUACAAUUGAUUAGCUAAAUGCAGAGACAAAUUGGGGAUCCCAGCUUUCACAUUAAUAGCUCUAAAUUUCAGUUUACGUUGCUGAUUUCCCCCCUUUUUUGGUAAGU